AGAUGUCCAAGGUUGUUGAGAGCGUGACCAAGGCAGCGCAAAGGAUGCGCAAGAAGAUUUACUUUCCCAACAGAAUCAUGUACUUCAUGCCCAACCAGCAAUCGUCCGACGUGCUCGAUAUGGUCAAGCUCCGCGUCCCCCCUUCCAUGCACAAGUUUGAGAUCAAGGACUGGGUAGAGGCAGGAUACGACACCCCUGUCAAGAAGGUUCACACAGCCAACUACGAGGGCAGGCUAAUCAGGUACAAACACAAGAACGGUUUCUACAAGCGCCCGGACUACAAGGUGGCGUACGUCUACCUUGAGACCCCAUGGACUGUCCCCAAGUAGAUAGCAAGUAUGGGAAUGAGGGGAGGAGGAUGGGAAAGGUCAAGCACGGUGGGUUAACAAGGAUGGAACAUUUCCAUGAAGUUUGUUGAGAACAUU